AUGAAUAACUCAACUACAAAUGUCCCGGACCAAAAUAUUACUGAAGAUCAAUAUGGUGGCGAUCCAGGAAAUGCCUACCUGAUUUUGACUAUUGUUGCUGCCAUUGCUUUAGGUAUCUGCUUGAUUGGCUUGGUAGGAAACAUAAUAGUUUUUUGGUAUCUUUGCUUCAAGAUCAAGAAGAACAAGUAUACUAUUUACAUUAUCAACCUGUCAGUGGCCGACUUCAUCUAUCUAUUAUUCAGCAUACCUGUACUAAUACUAUACAUUAAUUCAUUAACAAAUCAAAAUCCAGAUUUUGAAGGGAAAGAUUCAGUUUUUUUAUUUUUGGAAAUAUUUUGUGAUUGUGCACAAUAUUCAGGAAUGUUCAUCCUCACAGCCAUCAGUCUGGAAAGGUGCCUCUCUGUCCAUUUUCCCUUUUGGUACCAAUGCCGUCGGCCUCAGAACUUGUCUACUGUUGUCUGUGUUAUACUUUGGAUCAUGGGAUGCUCAGAGAGUCUCAUAGAGAACUUGGUGUGUCCACAAGAAGCUUUUGUCAUACAGACUACACAAUGUACAGCAGUUCAGAUCAUGGUUUUUGGUUUAUCCAUUGUUAUCUGCUUACCCAUCAUGGUUAUUUCCAGUCUCACCUUGCUCAUCAAAAUAAGGAGGACCUUUAGCGAGCAGUAUCCAAAAAAGCUUUAUAUUGUUAUUAUCAUUGCAGUGUGUGUAUUUAUUAUUUCUGUCAUUCCAAUCAAUUUUGUUUGGUUUUUAUUGUAUUUUCAACUGAUACAAUCAGAUAUAGCAAUAGUCGGAUUUUAUUUUGCCAGUUCAUUUUGUUUAGUGUUAAACUCUAUGAUUGACCCAUAUAUUUACUUCAUUGUUGGGAAAAAAUGGAAGCAGAAGACGAAGCAUUCUAUCCAGGAGGCCCUUGAACGAGCCUUCAGAUCAGAAGAUGAUGAAAAUGAUGAUUCAAAAACUAACAAACCGAGUAACAUAUCAAGCCAAACCAAUCUUGCAAGUACAUUCUAA